GCGAACAGGACGCAGGCGCAGCUCCACCCCUCACUCCUCUCUUAGGUCGGGCCCGCCUCUCGAGGCUAGUACUGCCUCUUCCGCGUUCUCUGGGGAGCGUUCUGUAGGUGGAGUGCGAGCGACCUGUCCCUCCAGGAGUCAGCUGAGAUUUUCAUGCCAGAUAUGAUGAAGCAGAAGCCGAUGGAGAACUGAAUAAUGUCUGUUGUGCACAGAGGCCAUUGAAACCUUUCCUGUAGCUGGAAAACAGCAGCCCCCUGACAGAAGCAUUACUGUGUUUGAAGUUUCAAAUUUACAGAGGAUUCUCUUCACAGAGUUGGGCAGACCUAUAGGUGAUGCAGUGACAGCUCUGAAGGCUACACAUGAGCCCAGAAUCAGAACAGAGGAAGAAGAUGGCCCUGAAACUAGACCUUUUGCCCCUGGGAAUCUUACCAUCCCCGCCCUGUUUGAGGCCUGCUGUGAAUCAUCACCCCAGGGGCGGCUUAGUGGUCCUCACUGUAGUUGAGUGGUAGGCUGCAGUCUGCUUAAUGCUACCCAACCUCGCUGCACCCUGGACUCUGGAGCAAACCUGUGAAAUACUGUAGACCCUUGGAAUCACAUUCACAGGCCGUCCUUUAUUCAGGACAAACUAAUUUCACAAGAGAUGGGUAGCAGUGAACCAGUUCCCAUUGCAGAGAGUGACAAGAGGAAGAAGAAGAAGCGGAAGGCCCGGGCCACUGAUUCCUUGCCGGGAAAGUUUGAAGAUGUAUACAAGCUGACCUCUGAACUGCUGGGAGAGGGAGCCAAUGCCAAAGUUCAAGUUGCCGUGAGCCUGCAGAAUGGCAACGAGUAUGCUGUCAAAAUCAUCGAAAAACACGCAGGACACAGUCGGAGUAGGGUAUUUCGGGAGGUGGAGACACUAUAUCAGUGUCAAGGAAACAAGCACAUUUUGGAGCUGAUUGAGUUCUUUGAAGACGACACAAGGUUUUACUUGGUCUUUGAGAAAUUGCAAGGAGGCUCCAUCUUGGCCCACAUCCAGAAGCAGAAGCACUUCAAUGAGCGAGAAGCCAGCCGAGUGGUACAGGAUGUCGCUGCCGCCCUUGACUUCCUGCACACCAAGGGCAUUGCUCAUCGCGAUCUGAAGCCAGAAAAUAUACUGUGUGAAUCUCCAGAAAAGGUGUCUCCGGUGAAGAUCUGUGACUUUGACUUGGGCAGUGGAGUGAAAUUGAACAACUCCUGCACCCCCAUAACCACACCAGAGCUGACUACUCCAUGCGGCUCUGCAGAAUACAUGGCCCCGGAGGUGGUGGAGGUCUUCACGGACGAGGCCACUUUUUACGACAAGCGCUGCGACCUGUGGAGCCUGGGCGUGGUCCUCUACAUCAUGCUGAGUGGCUACCCGCCCUUUGUGGGUCACUGUGGGGCCGACUGUGGCUGGGACCGGGGAGAGGUCUGCACAGUGUGCCAGAACAAGCUGUUUGAGAGCAUCCAGAAAGGCAAGUAUGAGUUUCCUGACAAGGACUGGGCUCACAUCUCCAGCGAGGCCAAAGACCUCAUCUCCAAGCUCCUGGUCCGAGAUGCGAAGCAGAGACUGAGCGCUGCCCAAGUUCUGCAGCACCCAUGGGUGCAGGGGCAAGCUCCAGAAAGGGGACUCCCCACGCCGCAAGUCCUCCAGAGGAAUAGCAGCACAAUGGACCUGACGCUCUUCGCAGCCGAGGCCAUCGCCCUUAACCGCCAGCUGUCUCAGCACGAGGAGAAUGAGCAGAACAAGCUGGCUGAGGAGUCUGAGGCGCUGGCUGAGGGCCUCUGCUCUGUGAAGCUCUCCCCUCCCUCCAAGUCCCGCCUGGCCCGACGGAGGGCGCUGGCCCAGGCAGGUCGCAGUGGAGAUGCGCUGCCCAGCCCAACACCCACAACGCCAGCGCCCUGACCCACUCUGGGCCCCAGGCCUUUUCCAAGCCCUGCCACCCUGGAAACCUGUGAGGGGCCUGCUCUGCAGCUCCUUCCAGGCCUUUUCCUCCACGAAGGCUCUCAUCCUCCUGUCCCCAGAGUCCUCAAGGAAAAAGCUUUUUCCAAAGGGCGGGGGAGGGUCGUCUUUGAAAAGGAAAGCAAUCACUUGUCACUUUGCAUAAUGGCCUGCGGCAGGGACGUCUCUUUACUGGGCUCCUGCCCACCUGCUCACCCGCCUGCCCGUGGAUGGAGGAUCCAGCCCACUCUCACCACCAGGCAGCUGUAGGGCUGGGGCUGCGGCCUUCAGGGAGCCAGCCUUGAGAAGCGUCCAUUGACAGAGGCUCUUCCCUCUCCCCACACUGUCACCUGCCUCUGGCGGUCCUUCCACCUUCCUGUGUCCUCCGGACGUCCUCCCCCAUGGCUAAGCGGAGCCAUCCCCUCAAUUCAGGAAGCCAGAUCAGUCUUCCAGUCGAUAGCGCAGAGAAGCACAUAAUCUUUCUUUGCCGUGACCGAAAUGUGUCCCUCAUUUAUCAUCCUCUUCCUUGUUUGAGAUUGCUGCUAAAGUCAGUAUUAUUUUGUUUUUAAAGAUGCGGGGGGGUGGGAGGGGUUGUUUCUUUUUUUUUAACCACACUCUUCCAGCAGAGAUGAGACUUUUAACUCCCCCUAUGAGCCCAUGGACUUUCCAGAGCUCUUAGGGUUCACACUUCUCUCCUGAAUGUCCAUGCAUUUGGAAGAUGUUAAUCAGCUAUUUCUGUUACUCUUAACUGGUUUUAAGCUGUUCAGACAAUGAGUGACUUAGAGACCAGUGUGUCUGCUGCUUCCUCCCUCAGGCCUGUUACGGAGGGCAGUGCAGGUCUGGGGCAGUGAGGAGCUCUGUGCCUGAUGUGAUGCGAGUCUGGAGGCUGCCCAGCCACCCUGGUUGGAGCCACGUGGUCUCCGAUGCUGGUGAGCACAGAGGCAUAUCCAGCAUCAGAUAGCUGAGCUGCUUAGUUACCCAAGAAAAUCAAUUUGCAUAUGUCAGAUGUUUAUAGGGUGCAAGGACACAUUGCACUUAUUUUAAUAAAAGUGUCUUCAAUUCUGG